AACAAUAUAGGGAUGCUAUAAGGAUUUAAAUGAGUUAAAAUGCUUAGAAGAGCAUUUAGCACAUAGUAAGUGAUAUAUGUGUUAAUAAGUAUUAAUAAUAUUUGACAUCUUCUACCGCUUUUCUCUAGUCUGUGUCAGUGCUGUUAUCUCUGCCUGUGUUCUUUUCUCUCUCACAUCGCUAUAUGUCCUCCAUGGCACUGAUCCCAGUCUGUUACCUUCCUGUGUUAUGGCCCUCUUUUGAUGUUGUCUCCCCCUACUGGACUGUAUUCUGGAAGGUCAGUACUUUCUUUCUUAGCCUUGAUCACCAUUGUAGCCCUGCACCUAGCAUUCAGUAGGGGAUGAAUAACUGAAGGAAUCAUCCCAAGGAAAUACUGAAGAAGGUGGUAGGCAUGGAUUUAGGACAAGCAUUCUAUACGUAAAGUGGUUUGUCCUGCAUCCUACAAGGAGUUUAUGAAAUCAGGUUUGUUUAAUGAAUAGCUAUGAGAAAUUAAGUCCUUUUUCUUUUUUCUUUCUAUGUUUAUGGCCUCUUCCCACUCUCUUUCCUGCCCUCUGAGGUUGUAGCCUUCAGACCAUGGGAAAUAUCCUGUGGGCUGUCCCUGAGAUCACAUCUCCUGGGAGGCUCAGCUCCAGGUGACCCAGCAUGGCCCCCUGUGUCCUAAACUUCGAGGUUAGGCUUCAACAAGUCAGCAGACUUUGACCCAUGGUGCCUUUUGCACCAAGAAUCUAUUUGGGAAAGUCUGUCAUCGCCCUGGCAAGGGAACCUAAGAUUUGUUCUGUUUCGUUACAGUCUAGUAUUCUUAGAUUCCUGAAGAGCAGAAUUGCCAGUUUUUCCCAGGGGAGAUUCAGUUCCACUCAGACGUGUGUUUAAUGCCUGAAGUCAGACUCCAGAGAAAAAGAGAACAAGUAAUUUGCUUAUUUUGAUCUCAUCAGAGGUUAUUUGUCAGUGCAGGCUUGUCCCCCGUAACCAAGAGCCAUUCAUUUGGACUUGAGCAACAUGUUGACCCACCAGCCAGCACAGUCAUGGAUUAAACAGUUGUCUUCAGUACUAACAAUUCAUCAACGUGUGGAAUUAAAAUGACAUCUGAAACUUGAAUAUUGUAUAUGGCCAAACUGUACCUAUUUAACUCUAAAGCUGAAUAUAUUUGGAUGAUAGCACAUUUAUCUCUUAAAGGGACAGCUCUUACAUCCCCCGAAAUUAGAGUCAGUUUCCACUUUGCAAAUAUUCCGCCAGUAACAUUGAUGAGGAAUUGAGCAAUAUGAGGUCCUGGGAUUAAGGAGCUAACUGGAGAAGACCCACUUUAGGACCUGCCUGCUUCUUCCUCCUCACCUGGCUUGAGUUAGUAAUCAAGCGUUGGAUAAAUAAUGCUCUUGUUGCGAUGGUGCAAUGGUUAAGUGCUCAGCUACUAAGUGAAAGGUUAGUAGUUCUAACCCACCCAGAGGCACCUGGGAAGAAAGGCCUGGAAACCUGCUUUUGAAAGAUCACAGCCUAGAAAACCCUACAAAGUGCAGUUCUGCUCUCCACAUAAGGGGUUGCCAUGAAGUGGAAUUGGCUUGAUGGCAACAGGUUUGAGGCGUUUUUUGGUUUUCCUAUUAACUAACGUUUCACGUUUAGCCCUUGAAGAAAUAUCUAUUGAAUAUGCAAUGUAAUUAUGAGGGAGAAGUUACUUUUUAUCUCCUAGGCUUUUAUUCUUUCUCUUAAAUUUCCACAUACUCUUUUAAAAAUCUAGCUGUCAUUUGAAGCUUUGACCCUCAAAGAGAAUUUAUCGUCUGUUUAAUGUAGCGGUGACCAGAACUGGCAUUUUUCAAUGUAGGAUGGGCCCAAAGAAAUCCUGUGACUCUCCUGUUUCUCUCCCACAAUGGAAACAAGGAAUUGCUUUUGUGUUGCUUCCCUCCAUGCCCUUACGUGUCUCUGUUGGGCUUGAUAUGGACUCAGGAGGUCAGCUGCCCUGCCUGGAGAUAAUUCUGAGGCCUGUUCCUUUGUGGAAACAUCUGGAGAUAGAGAGCCAAGAUGACUGUCCUCUCUAAGGAAUAUGGCUUCGUGCUUCUAACUGGUGCCGCCAGCUUCAUAAUGGUAACUCAUCUAGCCAUCAAUGUCUCUAAGGCCCGCAAGAAGUACAAGGUGGAGUAUCCUACCAUGUACAGCACGGACCCAGAAAAUGGGCACCUCUUCAACUGCAUCCAGCGAGCCCACCAGAACACGUUGGAAGUGUAUCCUUCCUUCUUAUUUUUUCUAGCUGUUGGAGGUGUUUACCACCCGCGUAUAGUUUCUGGUUUGGGCUUGGCUUGGAUUGUUGGACGAGUUCUUUAUGCUUAUGGCUAUUACACAGGAGAACCACGCAAGCGGAAUCGAGGAGGCGUGUCGUUCAUUGCCCUCAUUGCCUUGAUGGGCACAACUGUGUGUUCUGCUUUCCAGCAUCUCGGCUGGGUUAAAACUGGCUUGGGCAGUGGGUCCCAACACUGCCAUUAAAGAAUUAUAGGGGUUUAAAAACUCUCAUUUGUUUUGAAUGACUUAAUUUCCAAUUUUGUUUUUCUAAAUAGAAUAAAACCUAUCUGGUGUCAUCCUCAUACCUAAA